AUGGAGAUGGAUCCACCACCCAAAAUGCUUGCCUCUCUCACAAUAACCAUACUGAUGAUGAUGAUGGCCACCUCCGUCGCACUUGCGUCGUCGGAUGCAGCGGUGCUCGAAGGACAAGCAAGAGCGCUCCUCGACUGGAAAGCCAGCCUCGACAACCAAAGCCAAAGAGCACUGCACUCUUGGGGCAACACGUCGACGCCCUGCAAUUGGCGUGGCAUCACCUGCGGUACCGGUAUGCACCGGCACCCGCUAGUGAACAAAGGCAUCUUUCUGCAGGGGAUGCGGCUAAGAGGGGCUCUGGAGUCCCUCAACUUCUCUACCUUGAGGACCUUGACACGCCUCGACCUCUCACACAACCUCCUUGCUGGGAGCAUUCCUCGUAGUAUUGAGGUCCUUGGCGAGCUCCAUGCUCUCCUUCUGCAAGGCAACCAGAUAAGAGGCUCAAUCCCACUAGGUCUAGGAAAUCUCACAAAAUUGCAUUCCUUAAUGCUUCACGAAAAUGAACUUUCCGGUGAAAUACCAAGCCAAAUAGGCAACAUGAGUAGUCUUGUCACCCUCAACUUGUCAAGCAAUCACUUGGUUGGUCAUAUCCCUUGUGAAAUAGGACACAUGAAGCACUUAGUUGCAUUAGAUUUGUCCAGUAAUAAUCUUUUCGGUAAAAUACCAAGCAGCAUAGGUGGUUUGACCGAACUCACUAGCUUGUACCUUUACAGUAACAAACUUUCUGGACAAAUUCCACGAGAACUAGGUUAUCUUCUAAACUUAAAGGACCUACAACUUGGCAUCAACGCACUCUCAGGUUCCAUCCCACGAAAUUUACAUAAUUUGACCAAGCUUACUGUGUUAAUACUAUGGGGAAACAAACUUUCUGGGUUAAUUCCACAAAAAAUAGAUUACCUUUCAAAUUUACAGUACCUGAGUCUUGGUGAAAACAUACUCUCGGGUUCCAUCCCAAAUAGUAUAGGAAAUUUGACCAAACUCACAACCUUGUCCCUUCGCAACAACCAACUUUCUGGGUUAAUUCCACAAAAAAAUAGAUUACCUUUCAAAUUUAGAGUACCUGAGUCUUGGUGA